CUUCCAUCACCGAAUGGCGAUGCGGAGCAGUUGCGACGACCACACGACCAUCCUCACCGGUUAAUCCGCGAUUGACACAGCGGGUUUGACCUACUGGAUACGGCAUUGAUCCAUUAAAGCGAUAGUUUCGACCUGAAAAAAGAGGUAUUAACGGUCACAUCAACCCAGAACGAAGCAUCUCGAACACCACGUCAUCCCAUUCUACCCCGUUUCUCCCGCAAAGUAGCCAUCAUGGACUACAGCUCGUCGAUAAACGACCCGGAACAGUCCGCUGAAGCCUCGCCAUGGGGAACCUCUCCCGGCUCGUCACCCCAACCCAACCGCGCCACCUUCGGUUCCAUCACCGGCGACAUCCCGAGCGCCCCGUUCCGAUACCCGAACUCGAACAGCGGCUUGACAGACGACGGUGGCUUUGGUGGAAGUGAUACCGAAUACAGGAGGCCGGAUACCGCCAGCACCGUCUCGCAGGCGACCGAGCCCCUAUCCGAAGGGCCAGCCCUAACCGAGUCGUACCCGGAACAGCAGGGUUUUGCGGGUGAUCAAGGGCCGCUCUCGCCGCAACCCCAGCAGCAACAGCAGCAGCAGCAGCAGCAGCAGCAACAAGCACCAAAGCCGCCAGCGCAGGGGCAGCGGGCGCAGGAACAGCAGCAGCCCCGAAAACCCCCACCGCCACAAUUCAAGCUGCAGGCUAAGAUUACCGGGCUGGAGCGCACCGGGCGCAAGGAUCCCAUCCUGAGAUUCGAUGUACAUACAAACCUCCCCGCUUUCCGGACAACGCAAUACCGCGAUGUGCGCCGCCUCCACUCCGAGUUCAUCAAGCUCGGCGAGCACCUGAUUUCGGCAAACCCCGAGGCCAUUGUGCCCUCCGUGCCUCCCGCCCUGACAUCCGCCGGCGCGGGCACUGAGGAGGAUGAGAUCCGGGUCAAGGCACUGUUACAGCGCUGGUUGAACUACGUUUGCAGCAACGAGGUCCUCAUGCGCGACGACGAAAUGGUGCUCUUCGUCGAGAGCGACUUUGGCUACAGCCCCAUGGUCAAGAAGAAGCAGCCCGCGACCGGCGUGCGCCGCAAAAUCCUCAAGCAGUUCGCCCCGCCCCCUGAUGAUACUCCCGAACUCCAAGAAGCCCGCCCCGUCGUCAAGCUCUUCUAUUUGGGUGCCAUGGACGCCGGACACAAGGUAGACAAGUUGGUCAAGUCAAGGAGAGGCCUGGGCCUCUCCGAAUCCGACUUCGGUGUCAAGCUCGGCACAAUGAACGCGCAGGAACCCCACCCCGGCCUCGCCAACGCCUACCGCAAACUCGGCAAGAUCGUCCAGACCGUCGGCGACUAUCACGCCGCCCAGGCUACGGCGGAGGCCACCACGAUAGGCGACCCGUUCCAGUACCACUCGCAAGACGCCUUCAUCGUCAAGGAGACCCUCACCAACCGGCAGAUCCUGAUCCGCGAGUUCCUCCAGGCGCAGGAAGCCACGCGCAGCAAGCUCAACGCAGCCGACCGACUCAAGGCGUCGUCCAACGUGCGGCGCGAGAAAGUCGACGAGGCGAUCGCGGCGCUGGACGAGGCGCGGCAGGCCGAGUCGGCGCUGUACCAGAAGACGACGCGGGUGACGCAGAACCUGGUGCACGAGCGGCGGCGGUGGGCGGCGCGCACGGCCGCCGACCUGCGCCUGUCGGUGCGCGAGUACGUGCUGCGCGAGAUCGAGGCCGAGCGCCGCACCCUCUCGCUGCUCGAGAGCGUGCGCCCGGACAUUCGCUCCAUCGACGCCAGCGGCGGACUCAGCCGCCUCGGCCGCGAGGCCCACCCGCCCCAGACCGUCCGCCGCACCAGCAUGGCCGCCAGCCAGGGCCCCAAGGGCGACGCCUGGAGCGGCGUGCCGCGCCGCAGCGCCGAUGCCAUGAGCCGGAGCGUGUCGGGCAGCCUGGUGGGCAGCUCCGUGGCCGAGGCCGGGGAGGAAGGGUUCCUGCCGGAAGGCGGGGAGAGGGGAGACCAGGCUGGUCGGGCGAGGGCCUUGAGCGGGGCCGGUGGGAGGAUGCCGGGCGUGCUGGAGGAGGAUGACGAGGACCGGGUGGAUGCGAGGAAUGCGGCCAGUCGGCUCGCGGCGAGCACGUUCUAGUCUAGGUAGAUGGCCAUCGUGCUUGGAACAUGUUAUAUACAGUACAGGGGAAUGCAGCUGGGUGGGAC